AUGAGCUUGCCUUAUUUCGUUUGCAUACAAUGGGGAAUCGACUGCCAAAACAACUGCCCUACAAACGCCUGCAAGUCGGACUGCGUGCAGAAAAAUCCUUGCGGUGCCCAGGACCCCCCGAAGCCCAACGCGAGCAAGACUGCUGAUGCCAAGCCGACCUCUUCCAGUGGCUCAAACACCAUCUUCUCAGACGCACCGGGGGGCGGCAGUGCCGGUGGAAAGAACGGGGCCGGCGCAGCCCUCGAGGUCGGACGCACCUAUGGACUGGCCAUCGUCUUGACCGGCCUGUUUGCCGGAUUUGCCUUUUUGUAA